UCCACCCUCACUUUCUCUCCUUUGUGCCGCUCGGAGCAGUACUGAAAGGUGACUCCGGCUAUACCUUUUUCUCUUCGCUAGACUCUUCCCUCUGCUACAACUAAAACGACACAGUUUCCCUUGAGAACAACUAUGGCGGGUUCCACUAGCGGUACCAACCCCUCAUUAAACCCUUCUGCUCCCAAAAUCCUAUUAGCCAAGCCAUCAGUUGGGCCGGUUUCUGGUAAAUUUGGACGCGGAGCCGGUGAAGAUGAAACGGUGCCGCAUAGGGCUCGUCUCCCUCCCGUUGGUUCCCUCAACCUUCUUUCUGAUUCCUGGGAGUUUCACAUUGAUCGAUUUUUGCCUUUUUUGACUGAGAAUACCGAUUUUAAGGUGGUUGGAAUCAUUGGUCCACCAGGCGUAGGCAAGUCAACAAUCAUGAAUGAGCUUUAUGGUUUUGAUGGAAUCUCACCUGGGAUGCUGCCACCUUUUGCCAUACAGUCAGAAGAAACCAGAGCAAUGGCAAGGCAUUGUACUGUAGGUAUUGAACCAAGGAUUUCUGCUGAACGGCUUAUACUACUCGAUACCCAGUCUGUUUUCAGUCCAUCGGUUUUGUCUGAGAUUAUGAGACCUGAUGGCUCAUCCACAGUUUCAGUACUAAGUGGUGAGUCACUGUCUGCUGAGUUGGCACAUGAAAUUAUGAAUAUCCAGCUUGGUGUUCUUCUAGCAUCCAUUUGUCAUAUUUUGCUUGUGGUGUCCGAUGGAGUUCAUGAUAACAGAAUGUGGCACAUGAUGCUGACGGUUGACUUAUUGAAACAUGGCAUUCCCGAUCCAUCUUCUUUAGUUCCUCUCCAUUCACAGAGCUCUACAUCAGGGCCUGACAAAGAGAGCAAAGAUAAAGUUCAUGAGACUGAAGAGUAUAUCGGUACUCCUGUUUUUGUGCAUACAAGGCUACAAAAUCAAGACCUUUCUCCGUCUAAUAUUCUUCAAAUGAAGAAGGCACUUUUACAAUAUUUCAGUUCCUCUUCAUUUAUGAGACGCACAUGUGGGAAAAAGCCCGCUGAUCAACUGGCCAUGAGUCAGAUUAAUGGUAAAGAUAAAGAGUUGCUCAAUUUAUUUGUGAUCCCUUGUAAGAACAACGAUGACUCUACCAGAGCUCAGUGUGAAAGCUAUGUCUACUCGCUAUGGAAGUUACGUGAUCAGGUCUCUUUCUAUGCAUCUUUUUUUCUUCCUGCAACUAUCCGCCUUGGUCCUUCUUUUCUUUCUCCCUCAUUUAAGGGAUUCUGUAAUAUUCUAGCUUUUCGUAAGUCAUUUCUUUAUAUAUAUGUAUAUCAGACUUAUAACAAGUGUUCUUCACAGGUUUUGUCAAUGAGCUGCCCUUCGUUUACAAGGAACGUUUCUGAACGUGACUGGUUAAAAAGUUCUGCCAAGAUAUGGGAAUUGGUGAAGAGCUCUCCUAUCAUUGGUGAGUAUAGCAGAACAUUAUUAAGUUCAGGUAUAUUUCGCAGAUGAUCGUUGUGACGGCAUAUUUACGAUGAUUUUCGUGAUAGAGGCUGGUCUUGCUUUUCUUGCUAUUCUCGACACUGAAAAUACGUUUGUGAUGUCCAAGCUUUCAAAUAUCCUAGCAGUAAAAGGGGUAUAUUUAUGCAUGGAUGG